CCAACCAAAUCAUUUUCUACAAAGUUCCGUUGAAAAGUAGGACUGAGAUCCUCGACCACCAGAAGAAGUUGCCCGAAUCCUUGUCGAGCAUUUCGUCGAGCAAUUGAGAUGCGUGAAUGAGAGGAGUUUUUCCAGCCCUUCUUGUCCUCCCUUUCUGGUCAUCUCUCCAUUUUGAGGGAAUUUCCAAGUCCAAAACCUCAGGUUCAUGGAUGACAAGGUGUCAAAUAUAAACACCCAUUUGGUUGAGGAAUAAAAAUCCAAAAGAAUGCCAAAUACAAUGUUUAAUUUUUUUGGUCGGAUUCCACAGAUUUUUCAGAAAUGGGCAGAGUUAAACCUUGAGCAACUAAGGAAGAAUGACUGGAAGCCUAAAACCAUUGAGCAUUUGGUGAUUAUCGAGAAAGAUUCACAAACUCAAUUGGAGCUCAACUUGGAUAAGCAAAUGAAGGCAUGGAAGAAAAACAUCCACUGGGUUGAUCAGCCACCAGAAAUAAAUGUUACAGUACCUAAAGGUUCUCUUUGUGAUUUGAAUCUCAGAGUCAAGGUUGGAUUACCUCCAGAUGCAGUUUUUAACAUUAUCAUUGACCCGGAAAACAAAAGAGUCUUUAAGAACAUCAAGGAAGUGAUAUCUAGGAAGGUCUUGGUUGACGAGGGUAUGAGACAAGUCGUUGAGGUGGAGCAAGCAGCAUUAUGGAGAUUUCUUUGGUGGUCUGGAACUAUUUCAGUACAUGUCUACGUCGAUCAGAACAGGAAAAACCAUACUGUGAAAUUUAAACAGGGGAAAUCAGGAUUCAUGAAGAAAUUUGAAGGGUGUUGGAAAAUCGAACCACUCUUUGUCGACGAGCAAUUAUGCUAUCCUGACAAGCCUGAAACCGUGGCAGAGUACGAUGUUUGCACAGCAGGCAGAGGAAGAGUUGGAUCUAUUUUGAACCUACAACAACUAAUCCAGCCAGCCAUUGUUCCUCCACCACCCAUUUCAUGGUAUCUGAGGGGGAUUACGACGAAAACUACUCAAAUGCUCAUAAAUGACCUUAUAACAGAGACCGCAAGAUUACGGGGAGGAGCUAGUGAUACCAUCUCUGAACAUGACUUGGAUUUGAACUAUAAUAAUGGCAAACAUUCAAGUACUUCCGAUAUCAUUAACAUCAAGGAAAGAUGGUGCCAAAGAAGAAGAACGAGAAAAAACCGAAGACUAAGAGAUCAAACUCUUUGAAUCACAUACAAUUUCAAGUUUUAAUUAAACUAUUUUUUCGAUUUUGUGCGCAUCAUGGUCCUGUAGAAUUUAUUGUAUAUGCAUUUAAUCUGAAGUAUAGGAAGAACACACAUUUUAUUUUC